AUGCCCCCUCCCAUGCCCCUGCCCAUUUGGGCCCACUUGAUCCAGAAUUCAGGUCGUUUUCGGGCAACCAUAGAUGAGGUGGAAACAGAUGUGGUGGAGAUCGAGGCUAAACUGGACAAGCUGGUCAAACUCUGCAGUGGCAUGAUCGAGGCUGGCAAGGUCUACAUCACCACCAACAAACACUUCGUCAGCGGGGUGCGGGACCUGUCUCAGCAGUGUCGCAACGAUGAGGUCGUCUCGGAAUGUCUACAGAAGUUUGGAGACAGUCUUCAGGAAAUGAUCAACUACCACAUGAUCCUGUUUGACCAGGCUCAGCGGUCCGUGCGGCAGCAGCUCCACAAUUUUGUCAAAGAUGAUGUUAGGAAAUUCAAGGAAACAAAGAAACAAUUUGACAAAGUCCGAGAGGACAUGGAGAUGUCUCUGGUGAAGAAUGCGCAGGCCCCACGGCACCGGCCACAUGAGGUCGAAGAGGCCACUGGAGCGCUGACCCUCACCCGCAAGUGCUUCCGCCACUUGGCCCUGGAUUAUGUGCUCCAGAUCAACGUCCUUCAGGCUAAGAAGAAGUUUGAGAUCUUAGAUGCGAUGCUGUCCUUCAUGCAUGCACAGUAUGCCUUCUUCCAGCAGGGCUAUAGCCUCUUACAUCAACUGGACCCCUACAUGAAGAAGCUGGCCUCAGAGUUGGACCAGCUGGUGAUUGAUUCUGCAGUGGAGAAGCGGGAGAUGGAGAGGAAGCAUGCCCUGAUCCAGCAAAGGGAUUUCUCCUAUGACGAAUCCAAAGUGGAGUUUGAUGUAGACGCUCCCAAUGGUGUGGUCAUGGAGGGCUACCUCUUCAAGAGAGCCAGCAAUGCCUUCAAGACAUGGAAUCGGAGGUGGUUCUCCAUCCAGAACAGCCAACUGGUUUACCAGAAGAAACUCAAGGACGGGUUGACCGUGGUGGUGGACGACCUCCGUCUCUGCACUGUGAAGCCAUGCGAAGACAUAGAGAGGAGGUUUUGCUUUGAGGUGGUCUCCCCUACAAAGAGCUGCAUGCUGCAGGCUGACUCAGAGAAGCUCCGCCAGGCCUGGGUUCAGGCGGUCCAGGCCAGCAUCGCCUCUGCUUACCGGGAAAGCCCUGACAGCUACUACAUCGAGAGACUGGACCGAACGGCAUCCCCGUCCACCAGCAGCAUCGACUCCGCCCCAGACACCAGGGACCGAAGCAGCAAGGGGGAGAGCAUCCUACAGCGGGUGCAGAGUGUGGCGGGCAAUGGUCAGUGCUGUGACUGUGGGCAGCCUGACCCGCGCUGGGCCAGCAUCAACUUGGGCAUCCUGCUGUGCAUCGAGUGCUCGGGCAUCCACAGGAGUCUGGGGGUCCAUUGCUCCAAGGUCCGGUCCCUGACACUGGACUCAUGGGAGCCAGAGCUGCUGAAGCUAAUGUGUGAACUUGGGAAUAGCACCGUGAACCAGAUCUAUGAGGCUCAAUGUGAGGAACUGGGGCUCCAGAAGCCAACAGCCUCGAGUUCCAGGCAGGACAAGGAAGCUUGGAUCAAGGUCAAAUAUGUGGAGAAAAAGUUUCUGAAGAAGCUUUCAGGGGCUGGCGCUGAGGGCAUCGAGACCACCGGUGGGGGAGAGGCCAAACCCAGGCGAUGGAGCAUGAAGAAAUGUCGACGGCACCACAGUUCUCCCCGGGUCCCCAGGAUGCGACGUCAGCUCCGGCAAGAGCCCGCUGCCAUCUCCCCUGCAGCUCUGUCAUCAGCCAGCACUUUGGAACGGAAAUUUCGACGUGACUCUCUCUUCUGUCCGGACGAGCUGGACUCACUCUUCUCCUACUUUGACACGGGAGCAGCUGGUGCAGGACCAAGAAGUGCUGGCCACAUGUCUGCGCAGCCCCCCCCAGCAGCUGGUCAGUGGGACAGUGGCCUGGGCCCCGGGGGCACUGAGGCAUGCCUCCCGGCCGGAGGUCUGAGCAGCGACAGUGGCCUCGGCGGCAGCACGGAUGGGAGCUCGGACAUCCUGGUUUUUGGCUCCGUGGUAGACAGUGUCAUGGAAGAAGAGGGUGAAGUGUCUGAAGACUCCAGUGCUGAGGGAGACCGUGAGACCUGGGACCUGGAGGAUACCCGGGAACUGCACCCAGGACUGCUGGCCUACAGGGCGGCCCGAGCCAGAAACCUACCUGUCCUAGCUGAGGCACUGGCCCAUGGGGCUGAGGUCAAUUGGGUCAAUGAGGAGGAUGAGAGCAAGACACCGCUGAUCCAGGCAGUGUUGGGGGGUUCCUUGAUCAUCUGUGAAUUCCUUCUCCAAAAUGGGGCUGAUGUGAACCAAAGAGACAGCCGGGGGCGGGCACCCCUCCAUCAUGCCACCUACCUGGGUCAUACGGGACAGGUCUGUCUGUUCCUAAAGCGUGGGGCUGACCAGCAUGCCUUGGACCAAGACCAGCAGGACCCUCUGGCCAUAGCUGUCCAGGCUGCCAAUGCUGAUAUUGUUACUCUGCUUCGGCUGGCUCGGAUGAAUGAGGAGAUGAGGGAAGCUGAGGGACCCCUUGGACAACCAGGUGAUACCACCUAUCUGGACAUCUUCCGGGAGUUCUCCCACAUGGCAUCCCACCACCCAGAGAAACUCAACCGGCAGAGCCUCCAUGCCAGCCCCUCUACCCAAUAGCCUCUCCCUUCUCCUCUCCAGGGGGCUGGGCUGGGCUUUCAGCCUGAGAACGGUCCCUGCCUGGUUUUAGAGGUCCAAGGAAAGGGGACCUAGUUUCUGUGUACCCCGCCUGUCUCCAGGGCCCGUCCACUAGCCUGGAGGCAGAGGAAGAGGGGGAAGAAUGGGGAGCUCAGCUGGGCUGAGUCUGAGCACUUUGCCACUCUGCUGGCUAAUGGCUCCCACAGGGAGGGCUAUGGGAUGGACCCCGAAGGGGGAACAGAUGGGCUCGAUCUGGGUUUUUUGAGGGCCAGAUGAGAUGCCUCCACCCUAGUCGCUGCACCUCUGAAGUGGGCCUUUGUCCCCUCUGGACCCCGGGCUCAGCCUCCCCGGCUCUAAAGUCUCCACCAUUCCCCCUUGUUAGGAGAUUGCUGUGCUCAUAGCCCCAGCUCAGGAGCAUCCCACCUGAGCUCAAAGCCUCAUGGUCUCUGCCCUAGUGAGUGGCUCUGGGGGCCAGCGAGCCUGCCCCCCUACAGCCGAGGCUCUUACUCUGAGGGAAGCGGCUCCUGGUUCAGGGGCAUCCCAGAAGCUAUCCUGAGGCCAACCUAUGACGGACAAGGCUUGAGGGGGAGGGUCAGUGGCCCAUCCCUAAUAAAGCCAAGGACAGAGAAGCGGGACACUGUGAUCAUGUGUUUGGGGCUCAAUCCUGACCUCCCCUAGCCACGGGCUGGGGGCUCCCCCCAGCCCCUACCCCAGGGGCCUCCAUCACCAACCACCGUGUGGCUUUCCCACCUCCACGCCUGCCCUCUAACUCAGGAUUCACUCUUAGCCGGAAGGUGCCCGCUCCAUUAGCACCCCCAGGCUGUGGGUCUCUGGGCAGCACCCCCCCUUCCCAUGCCCAUUCCCUCCCUGCCCUAAGUCGCUACGAGCUUGGGGAAAAUGCCAACUUGUUUUAAUACCUGGUUAAGGCAGGCUGAUGGAAGAUGGGCUGCAAAGGGGGCUUGGCACCCCACAAUCGAUGGGAAGCUCUCUGCACUACGGCUUUCUCUUUGCAGAGAAGAGACCGCUGUCCCUUCAUUAGCAGGGGUAGGGGUAAGCGGAGGGACGGCCGGGGGCUCAGCAGAAUGGCCGGGGACCAUAGCAGGGGGCUUCUGGGAAGCUCUGGAGCCGAGGGUUGUACAUGGGCAGGUAUUUUCGGAAACACUUGGCCAUCUUGUUAUCGCACUCACACGCCAUCUUCUCA